GCGCUACAUCGGUCUAUUUCUGACCAACGUUCUGAUGUGGUGACAUCUGUUAUUGUAUUCAUGGAUCGUUUCACUGCUUGUUUCUCGCACAAACCCAUCGUAAUCGCAAGACAUUUGAGCGCUUCGAUGCCCCCCCUCUCUUCUGGCUCUCUGCGUUGCCCCUCUCUCCAGCAGUAGUAUUCGUCGCACGAAAGUCGCUAACGUUGGUGUUAUCUUGCCAGGAUUUUGUCGACUUUCGUGAGUGAUUUGGUGCUUUGUCGGUUGAUGCUGUUUUGGAACAGUCGGCCAAUGUUCGUGUGCCCCAGACUGUGUGCGUAUCUUAUUGACCUGUAUGGUGUUGAAGUGGGGCUCCUUCUGCUUGCUCAGUUGCCCUAUGUGUCUCUUCCAUAUAUGGAUAGCGAAAAUCUGUGGUCCACUCUUAGUCUUGAUGACUUGGUCCGCCCCCUGCGUGGCCUUUCUAUUGCCGUGUUAUCUGGGGCUAUCAAAUGUUUACCGAUUGGUGUUUCACAUUUGAGAACACCUUCUAUUUCUGCAUUCAACCGGCUCUCAAAUCAUCAACGGUCAUUCCUCAAGGCAAGACAAUAUCACGGCAGAAUAAAAGGAGCUUGUUACACAUAUUGGAUACCCCACUUAUCGUGGGAGUGGGCUUUGCGCGCCUCCGGCUUCCCUUCGAUGUUGGUCGAUCAAGGUUUUCAAGAGUUUACCGUUAUCGUGGUCUUCUUCCACCCUAGCCUCAUAAUAGCUAUCCUUGUGUUCCUCGACGGUGCAGCACAACGGCAGUCGUUUAUUGGGGGCAACGACGAAUUGCGUGUCUUCAAAUACUCGAUACAUGCGGUAAUAUCUACUGUAACGCAAAAGUUCGGAAAGGACAAGAAGCCAGCUAGCAAGAGCUGGAAGCAGGUCUCGAAUUUGUUUAUCCAAUAUUGAUGUUCUCUGUCAAUUGCUUACCUCAUAGGUGGGCCGGUCAACCUGUUUAACGUGGUUUAUCGUUUAUUGUUGGAAGACGUCAAUAGUGCCACAU